AGCAUUGAUCGUACUGGCUCACUCGGAGAGGACGUCCUUCAACUAUGCCAUGAAGGAGGCUGCUGUAGAGGCUUUGCAGAGGAAGGGAUGGGAGGUUGCUGAGUCGGACCUCUACGCCAUGAAGUUCAACCCCGUUAUUUCUAAAAACGAUGUCACAGGUAAACUAAAGGACCCGGAGAACUUUAAGUAUCCUGUUGAGUCUGCGUUAGCUUAUAAAGAAGGCUGUCUGACCCCAGAUAUUGUAGCUGAACAAAAGAAACUGGAGGCUGCAGACCUUGUGAUAUUUCAGUUCCCACUGCAGUGGUUUGGAGUCCCCGCCAUUCUGAAAGGCUGGUUUGAGCGAGUGCUCAUAGGAGAGUUUGCUUACACAUAUGCGGCCAUGUAUGACAAGGGACCUUUCCGGAGUGGCACUUUGCAUUUCUGUGGCUUCCAAGUCUUGGAACCUCAGCUGACAUACAGCAUUGGGCACACACCAGCAGAUGCGCGGAUCCAGAUCCUGGAAGGAUGGAAGAAACGCCUGGAGAAUAUUUGGGAUGAGACUCCUCUGUAUUUUGCUCCAAGCAGCCUCUUUGACCUAAACUUCCAGGCAGGAUUCUUAAUGAAAAAAGAGGUACAGGAUGAGCAGAAAAACAAGAAAUUUGGCCUUUCUGUGGGCCAUCACUUGGGCAAGUCCAUCCCAACCGACAACCAGAUAAAAGCCAGAAAAUGAGAUUCCCAACUCGAUUUCCUUCUAUAAUGUGGCUGAAUCUAGGUGUCUUUUUCAGGCUUCUUUGACUUGCUUUGGCUUUUAAGAUCUGGAUUUUUUGUUUUCUGUGAGGAAUGAGAGAAUAGACUGUACUGAUACUCUUUUUUUUUUUUUCCUUAAAUUUAACUGAUUCUUUUGUUACCAUGGCAUAUGACCACAAUCUUAUUAGGC